UCUUCCCAUGGCACAGAGAGGUGAGGGGGGGGAAGUGAACAGCGAUGAAGGGACGGUUGGGCACUCGGACCACAGGGGUGGUGGUGGUUCUAAGGGCGGUGGGAUGGAUGAGUUGUCGACGGGAGGGGAUGAGUCGGCAGCUCAAGCGAUGUCAGGGAAGGGGGAAGUGCUGACAGAGAGACCUCGGGAGGAAGGGAAAAAGAGGUCGGGUGGAGACGUUGAAGUUGGAGACUCACGUCAGACAAGGGAAGUGCUAUCUAAGAAUGUACAGCAGACAUCCGAGGAUGCACAACGGACAGAGGCUGAGGUCUCUGGGGGAAAGGGUGGAUGGCCUGAGGGCAAGAGGGGUCAUGAGGGUAUUGCGCACGCUGGGGGGGAAAGUGUGUCGCGAAGGGGGGAAACGGCGGUGGGUGACUUGGAAAAAGGCGUGUCUUCAAGUCUAGCAAAAGGGCUGACGCACAUCACGGGAGAUCGGGGCAGAGAGAUGUGGGAGAGUCAUGUCCCUGCGAGUCGGGGAAGGAGUCUGACGAGAGGCUCGGGGGCAGGGGAAAGGCGCCUAAGCGCAGAUCAGAGGAUGGCAAUGGAGGCAAUGGCAAUGUCAGGGUUUCACGCGUUAGCGCCGCGAAGUGAUGGGGGAGGCAAAGUGCCCAUGAAGGAGGAAGAAAAGCGCAAGAGGGGGGCUGGUGCCCAGGUGGAGGAAGAUGGUAGAGGGAGCAGUGCCUCGGACGAGGGUGGUGGAGGGGAUGGAGAGUCCCUUGGUGGGCAGCCACCGGGUGGGGGGAAGGUGGAGGUGAAGGGUGAAAGAGGUGCACAGUAUUGCGAGAUUAAAAACAAAUCUCGAGGGGUGAAGGUGAAGGGUGAAAGGGGUGAGAAGUACUGCGAGGGUGAAAGAGGUCCCGGGUACAAUUGUGAUGAGGAAAAGAAAUACCGCGGGCAGAAGGAAAGAAAGCAGAGCCAAAUCCCGGGAUCAAGGCAGACUCUCGGGGGGGCUGGGGGAAAGGGAAAACAAUCAUCACACGAGAACAUCGAAGACGACUCGGAGGGUGGGAUUGUAGAGGAGGAGGGGGGCCGAUCGGUGGUGCACAACACCGAGGGUGAUGGCCUGGCGACGGGGAGCGUCUCGUCCAACCACGGGAUUUUCCAGAAGUAGGGGUGCCGAACACGCCCCCUUCGUCCGGCCAGACGAAGUCUAGCAUUGGCACAAUGGGAAAUGUUUAUGACAAUGCAAAACCAGUGGAGAAUGCGUCAAACACUCAAAGGAAGGAAAUACGCAAGGCAAAUUCUCCGAGGGCAGUGAGGUGUCCGCUGGAUCCUCAAGCGGAGCACACGGCUGGUAGCAAUGGUGCCAAAAAGGGGUCGAUCAAUAGGGACACUAGAAAGGGAAAAAGCGUCACCGUUGAUCGUGCUGGCAGCAAGCAGAACCAUGAAACUGUUGCUUUACCAGUGAUAGAAGAAGAGGGCGUGAUAGGGGAUGCAUCCGCCUCUGAGAAUUCUCUCAAGCGUGAGGUUGAGGAAACAGCGCAGGAGGGAGGAAUUUUUGGUGAAGCACAAGAAGGAACAGAUCGCAUUUUUGCCGUACAAGUAUCUUUUAGUUCUGUGUCAGGAGAAAGGAGUAAUGGGGUGUACCCUCCGCCUCCUUUUACGUUCGCUACAGGUGAAGCGGCGGACUACCUGUCACCAUAUACUCGGUCGGUCGGUGGGGAUUUGACGAUGGAUCGACAUCGGCAUACGACUAGAGUGCAAGUGUUCGCGGGGUCGAGAGCGACAAAGAUGAUGUCGUGGGAGGCUCUGUUGGAUACGGGAAGUCCGGCAUCGUUUGUACAAGAAAGGUGUGUGCAAAAGAUGUUAGCAUGUGGUUCAGCUUCAGCUGAUAGCAUCGAAACAGGACUAAACAAGAAGUGGGGUGGGUUCCAUGGGGUGCCGUUGGUUACAGAUCGAAGAAUGCGAUUAAAUAUUGAAAUGUGGAAGGGCGGAAAAUCAGCGCCGGUUCAUUUCGGUACACCGACGGUACGGACGAGUGUGUAUGCGUACAUCGUGCCAGACUCAGCUAUGGGACAUGAUCUGAUACUAGGGAGGGAUAGUUGGUCUGAUUUUCCGGUUCGCAGAUUCCAAGACGUGUCGGACACAGAAACAAUUGUCACUUUUGUCAGUGCAAAUACUGAUAAAGUGGCAGGAGAUCACCGCUUUGAGGAAUGGGUGGGUAACGCGGUUGGUAUGGUGGAAACGGAAGGUGAUGGAAAGGUGGUGGUAAAAUCUAAUGGUGGUAGACGAUGGCUUCCAAAUGCAAUGUCAUGGGUUGAGGUAAAAUUAACCAACCUUGAUGGCAGUGAUGCUGCGGUGGGGACGUACCGGGUGCAGUUUGGAAAAAAGUGGUUCC